UCGGCUGUGUAGAUAAAAUUCUCCAUCAGCAUUCCUUUUUUCUCCUUGAGGAUGCCAAAUGGAAAUGGAUUUAAAAUGGAAAGCGGCUUGAAACAGAAACCCCGCUUAAUAUCCCACUGCGCAAAGAUGGGAUUGAGCUUCAGUUGAAGACCCAGUAUUUCACCUGGUUCCACAUCACUUGAUUUAAAGAGACAUUUGCGUGUUAGUUCUUCUGGAAAAUUACUUCGGAGAAAGAAAAAGAAAGUGAUAGGAAGAGAGGAGAUUGAAACCCUAGGUGAGAAAUCGAUGGAGAAAUUAGGGGCUUCCUCUGAUGGUUCGCGAGAACUGCAGUGCGUGGGAAGAUUGGAAGUCGUGAGACCCAAACCCGUGGGUUUUCUCUGUGGUUCAAUCCCUGUUCCCACUGACAAAGCCUUCCAUGCUGUCAAUUCUGCUCUCAUAAUUCCUUCGUCCCCGACGGUGUCAGCUCCAAGGUAUCGGAUGAUUCCGACGGAGACCGAUCUCAACAUGCCACCACUUCAGUCCGAUUUGCCGGAAAAGGUCCUUCCCCUUGCUGCUGUGCAGUCAAGCUCCGCCGGAGAUUUACCUUGGGAAAGUGGUGCUGUUAAAUCAAACCUUACUAGUAAAGGUGAGGCCCUUGCUGUGUCUGGUUUGGUGGAGUAUGGAGAUGAUAUAGAUGUGAUUGCUCCAGUUGACAUACUGAAGCAGAUAUUUAAGAUGCCAUAUUCCAAGGCUCAACUGUCAAUUGCAGUUCAUCGUAUUGGGCAGACUCUUGUUCUAAAUACUGGGCCUGGUAUUGAAGACGGAGAAAAAUUGGUUAGAAGACAUAAUCAAUCAAAAUGUGCGGAUCAGUCUUUAUUUUUGAACUUCGCCAUGCAUUCAGUUAGAAUGGAGGCUUGUGAUUGUCCACCUACUCAUAAUUCCCAGUCAGAAGAGCAACCAAACUCAUCUGAGGUUCUUCCUGGGCUGUUUGAGUGCAGGGCGGAGGAUGGUCUUGAAUCUUCUGAUUAUCCAGCACAAGGUGUUACAUCCCAGUUUUUUGAACCGGUUGAUGAUGUUUCUCAAAAGGAAGGAUUCAACUGUCCAGAGUACACACAUGUCAAACAGGGCAACUUUUUCUGGGGAAGCAAAACGAAUAAGAGAAGUAAUGGGCAUGAUUCUGUUAAAAAGGCUUCACAAGUUGGUGAAAAGCCUAGGUACUCGGUACAAGACUCUGAGAAAUAUCGAAGAGUUGGUAAUGAUGGGUUUUCGAGGGUUUUAUUUUGGCAAUUUCACAACUUUCGUAUGCUCCUGGGCAGUGACUUGCUUCUAUUCAGUAAUGAGAAAUAUGUUGCUGUGAGUUUGCAUUUAUGGGAUGUCACUAGACAGGUCACUCCAUUAACUUGGCUUGAGGCUUGGCUUGACAAUGUCAUGGCAAGUGUGCCUGAAUUGGCCAUCUGUUAUCAUCAAAAUGGUGUUGUUCAGGGCUAUGAGCUUCUGAAAACGGAUGAUAUAUUUCUGCUCAAGGGUGUUUCUGAGGAUGGUACACCUGCUUUUCAUCCACAUGUUGUCCAACAAAAUGGCCUUUCUGUUUUGAGGUUCCUUCAGGAAAACUGCAAGCAAGAUCCUGGUGCUUACUGGCUCUAUAAAAGUGCUGGGGAAGAUGUAAUUCAACUUUUUGAUCUUUCUGUCAUUCCCAAGAACCAUUCUUCCAAUGAUUGUGAUGAUAGCUCUAGUUCUCUGCCAUCUCUGGUGCAUAGAGGGAGAAGUGAUUCCUUACCUUCACUGGGGACUCUCCUGUACCGAAUUGCUCAUAGGCUUUCACUCUCCAUGGCUUCUAACAAUAGGGCCAAGUGUGCAAGAUUCUUCAAGAAAUGCUUCGACUUCUUGGAUCGGCCAGAUCUUCUGGUUGUUCGUGCAUUUGCUCAUGAACAAUUUGCAAGACUCAUUUUGAAUUAUGAAGAAGAGCUGGAUUUAACAUCUGAAGGCCUUCCUGUGGAAUCUGACAUUACAGUUACUGAUGCCGAAGAAGAACCACUGGAUCUUGUUAGUAGUAUUUCUGAAUCAAUUAUCCAUGGAGACAUCCCAUCCCUCAUUCCAGAGGAUGAACCAAGUGAAGAAGGAACUUAUUUUCAAGAUACAAUAUCUGAAGUUUCUUCAAAGAUGACUUUGGAAGAAAACAUAUCUGCUUCCAAAAAAUUGAUAGCAUCAGGUGACACAGCAAUGGGUGAUCAAGGGGUUGUGUUGAAUUCCAUAGAUGAUGAGAACUUUGCAGUGACUUCUGCUCAUGUGGUUCAAUCUGUUGCUGAUCCAAUCUCUUCUAAGUUAGCUGCUGUACAUCAUGUUUCCCAAGCAAUUAAGUCCCUUAGAUGGAAGCGCCAACUGAAGAGCACUGAACCAGAAAAUGGAGAACAUGGUGGCAGAAUUCAUGAUAGAUCACCUUCAUCUGUAAAUUUUUCUGUUUGUGCUUGUGGUGAUGCUGACUGUAUAGAAGUUUGUGAUAUUCGGGAGUGGCUUCCAACAACGAAGCUUGACCAUAAGCUGUGGAAACUUGUUCUUUUACUUGGAGAAUCUUAUUUGGCCCUUGGACAAGCAUAUAAGGAGGAUGGUCAGUUGCAUCAAACUUUGAAGGUUGUAGAAUUAGCAUGUGCUGUUUAUGGAUCAAUGCCUCGGCAUCUUGGGGAUACAAUAUUUAUUUCAUCAAUGGUUAGCACCUCUCCAUCCCAGACUGAACUCAAUGAUAGAAGAGAGAGGCUGAAAUCUAGUUCUAGUGAUGACGGUCUUACUUUUGACCGGUUUUCUUCCACUUAUCUCUUCUGGGCCAAGGCGUGGACACUAGUUGGUGAUGUGUAUGUUGAGUUUCAUAUGAUAAGGGGUACAGAGAUCUCAAUACAAGCAGAGAGAAAGCCUUGUAGCGGGGAAUUAAGAAUGUCAUCAGAAGUUAUGAAGGAAGUCAAAAGACUUAAGAAGAAGCUGGGACAGUAUAAGCAGAACUGUAGUUCAUGUUCCUUGGUUAACUGCAGCUGCCAGAAUGAUAGGGCCAGCAGUGGCAGCAGUGCAAGCAGUAGCAGUGGAGAUACACUUCCCUUUGUUUAUGGCAGAAAACUGAGUAAAAGAUCAUAUUCCAAGAGUGCUUCCUACUCACAUGUGGAAAAACCUGAUGGGGAUCUCAUUUAUCACAAAGUGGAUAAUAGAAGAAGUUCUGAAAGUCAAUGCUUGCGGCAUGACAGAGAUGAUGGCGCCAUUGCAGAAGCUUCUCAUAUAAUUACAGACAAGCUCAGAGUAAAAACCUUGGAAGCUACUAACCGUAAAAGAGUUGAGAGUACCUAUGAAAUUCAUGAUGCACAGUUUAAGAUGGCAGAUCAACCUAAAAAUGCUCUUGGAGAAACACCCAAGACAAAAAAUGGUGGAAUAUUCAAAUACUUUGGGGGUCCUGUAGUUGGAGAUGCAGAUUACAAUCUUUCAGCUGCUCUAAGCUGUUAUGAAGAAGCCAUAAGAGCAUUGGGUGAGCUACCUACUGGUUCAGCAGAACUACAGUCUGUAAUUAAAAAGAAAGGAUGGGUUUGCAAUGAACUGGGUCGAAGCAGGCUUGAAAGAAAGGAACUGGAAAAAGCUGAAGUUGCUUUUGUAGAAGCCAUAAAUGCAUUCAAAGAGGUUUGUGACCAUAUGAACAUUAUAUUAAUUAACUGUAAUCUGGGCCAUGGCAGGCGUGCAUUGGCUGAAGAGAUGGUAUCAAAGAUAGAAGGUCUCAAAGUACAUGCAAUUUUCCAUGAUGCAUAUAACCAAGCUCUUGAGACUGCCAAACUGGAAUACAGGGAAUCACUUAGAUACUAUGGAGCAGCAAAAGCAGAACUAAGUGCUAUUACUGAAGAGGCUGAUUCUGAAGCAAGCAGCUUGAGGAAUGAAGUAUAUACACAAACUGCUCAUACUUAUCUGCGGCUUGGCAUGCUUUUAGCAAGAGAAGAUACAGUUGCAGAGGCUUAUGAAAAAGGAGCCUUUGAAGAUGUAACAACAUGUUAUACUAGUUCUAGUGGUAGACAAGGUAGGAAAGAUAUAAGGAAGCAUGAGAUCUCAGCUAAUGAUGCCAUUAGGAAAGCUUUGUCUUUGUAUGAAUCACUAGGUGAGUCGCGCAAACAGGAGGCUGCAUAUGCAUAUUUCCAGCUUGCUUGCUACCAAAGAGAUUUCUGUUUGAAGUUUUUGGAGUCCGAUCAUUUGGAAGGCAAUUUGUUGAAAGGUGAAAACAGCCUUCUCCAAAGGAUCAAGCAGUAUGCUUCUUUGGCAGAGAGGAAUUGGCAAAAGUCUACAGACUUUUAUGGCCCAAAGACGCAUGCCACCAUGUACCUGACCAUCCUGAUGGAGAGAUCAGCUCUUUCACUACGUCUUUCAAGCUAUUUUCACUCGAAUGCAAUGCUGGAAUCAGCUCUCUCCCGUCUUCUUGAUGGACGCUACAUAUCUGGGGAAACAAUCUCAGAUUCCUUAAGAAACCUCAAUUCUGAAGUCCUUUCUAAAUUUUGGAGUCAGUUGCAGAUGAUAUUAAAGAGUAUGUUGGCUGCGGCACUCUCAGAAAGUACAAACAGGUCUUCUCCUGCCCCUCAUCCAGGUGUACCAUCUAACAGGUUCCAAGAUGUUGGAAAACUGAGGGAGCUGUACAAGAUGUCUCUGCAGUCCACUGAUUUGAGUCAAUUGCAUGCUAUGCACAAGCUGUUAACGGCAUAAUCAUGAUGAGUUUUAGUGGCAGUUGCGUAUUUGUAGAUUGUCUUUAAUUGUGUCAGAAUUGACUUAUUACAUGAAAAAAAGAAAGAAAGAAAGAAAGAAAGAAAAGAAACAAGAAAGCAUUGUAAAAGACACUAUUUGUAAUCGUCUAUAUUUGGGGUAUCUGGAGUUGCCAGGAAUUGUCAAGGUCCCCGCCGCCCCCACCACUCCUUAAUUCAGACUUGUCUGCCGUUUUGGAGGUGUUCUGGUGGAAACAAUUAGAUAUAAGUUUGUAGUCUGUGGUUAAGUGGAUAUUAUACCUUUGUACGAAGUUGUGUUUGUAUAUUUUAACUGUUCAUGAUUUCUAAAUAUUAUGCCAUCAUUUUGGGAUUC